AUGUUCCACAAAAUAGCCAAAGCUGAUGAACAGCCUUUUGCGCUUUGGUAUUUACAGCACAUUGACAGCAGACUUGAGAGGCUGUCUUUGGAUUUCACGAACGGCAUAAAUCCUCCAUCGCCACCAAAAGGGGAAAUCACAAUUGAGCAUCGUGCUGGUAACGGCAAUGUCUCUCUCAAGACGCCACCUGUAGAGACAGAGACAGCGACACCUCGCGCCCAAGCAGAAGCAGAUACCAUGUACUCCCACCAUGCAGAGUCUAAUCAUUCGUCCAGCGCGAGCUUCAACUCGAGCUCCAGUUCCGAGCCGAGCCCUCAAGACUCACUCCUCGAACUCAUCAACACGCCCGACCGAGGCAUGGGCGUCUUCGCCAGACGAAAAAUCAAAGCCGGCACACUGGUCCUGGUAGAGCGACCCUUAAUCAUCCUCGACAAGGACGAAGAAACCAACCCUGCCGCCAUUGAGCGAGAGUUCGCGGCUCUUUCCAGGGCUGAUCAGAAAGUCUAUCUCCGGCUCUGGGACGCGGAGAAGUCGGGCAUGUCGCGCGUCGUCUCGAUAUAUUAUAGUAAUUGUUACAACUGUGAUGAAUUUGUCAAGCCGAAGCAAGCAAAUACAACAGCAACAACCUCGAGCAGCAGACACAACAAACAUGACAGCAGUGCGGUGCGAGAUGCUCGUACUACUGCCGGUGGUGGUUCCGCCAUCGGCGCCUUCGCCAGCCGUCUCAAUCACAGCUGCGUGCCCAACGUCCAAUUCUCCUACGACGAGACCACGAAUGAAAUGCAAUUCCGAGCGAUCCGCGACAUCGCCCGCGGCAAAGAAAUCUGCAGCAACUACGACAAGGUGGUGUUUGAAACCAGGAGCAAACGUCAGCGUAAACAGCAAAUCUACUACGGUUUCGUCUGUACUUGUGAAGCUUGUGAGCCGCACACCGAGUUUUGGGCAAGAAGCGACGAGCGCAGGAAGGGGAUGUAUGCGGCAUUUCGGAUCGUUCUGGAAUGUGAGAAGCGGUAUAGUGACAAUACUACUGAUAUUCCUACGGAGCGGAACGGUGUUCAUGUGGGCAGCGACGGUGGCGACAAUGCAAUCAACAACAGCAGCAGCAGCAGCACGAAGACCGACGAUGGCAAUACUGCUACUGUUACUGCUACUGCUCCUGCUGCCGUUACUGAUUCUCAAACGCCACAACCAAACCGAGUGGAGAAGCAGAAGCAGAAGAACAAGAAGAACAAAAAUGCGAAAAGUCACCAGCAUUCUACUCCCACCAGUACCACCACCGCUCCCCAAGACGGACGGCCAGUACACAAUAAUGAUGCCAAACUCGGCGACCAGGGUACGCCUCAACCACAUGCUGCCAGUGUGAAUGUGAUCAAUGAAGCCCUCACAGCAUUAACCAAACUCGAAACUUUGUUACUAAAAGAAGCACUCCUCGGCACCCCAUUAGCCAACACAUACCGCAGCAUGGCCAAGUGGGCGGAACGUAAACACGACAUUUUGGGGUCUAUACAGUACAAACGAAAAGAACUUGACGUCUGUCGGAUUGCGUUUGGUGAGAGGGCUGUGAGAUGUAGGGAGAUUGAGGAUAAGUUGGACAAGUUGGCCAUGGCAAAGCUGGCUACCUUAGGCUUGACAGACUGA